GAAGCUUGGCAACAGGUUGCUCGUUCCCAGUUUGCAUUGUGCUUGUUCGUUGUUGCUUCUGCGUUUGAUAUGGAGCGAGUUUAAUUCACUUUUCGUGUGAUAAGGAAUCAGUCGUAAAACAUGAAGGAAUUCUUGGUUGAAAUCGUGGGCACUGUGUCUUUUGAUUAGUGCGUGGAAGUGCUUGGUGGUACCACAUUGUGCGGGAGUAGGGAAGAACUAUGAGAAGAUUUGUUUAAUUAAUUACAUAUAAAUUUUUAUCCUUCGAAACGCUCGAGUGACAUCCUAUUCAAUGAAUUAUACGACGAGGUGUAAAAUUUAAAUUUAUUAGAGGCCGAAAAUAUAAAGCAAGGGCUUUGAAUUAAAAGAGGCGCAAAUGUUUUGAAUUUCUUUCAAGUUUGUAAAAGUUUCGAGUAGUUUUGGAAAGUCCAAUAAAAUGUGAAGAUAUUGCUAUGUAGGUUUCGAUCCUACGCAAAUACCAGUGGAAGAACUAUACACUCUAUCCUGCUCGCAAUUUCCUUUCAAAUUCUGGGCACUCAGAUUCAGUUGCCUGGUGAUGAUCGAUAGUGUAUCGAAUGCAAGUUGAGAGCUCACACUCCACUCAGAUUCGCUAUCAACUUUCAAAUGGGACUUCUCCGGCCUUCAAAGCGAGUAGAGCAGCUAAUUGAAAUCCCAGCCAGUUCGAAAUGGGACACGUCGAAAUAAAAGAUUCCUCAAUGCUAUGCGCCAAUGUGCAUUGUUACGUUCCCGAUGUGUCGGAGUGAAUAGUGAAAAAUAGAUAUAAUUGUGACUUUUUGGAGAACGCGAAGAAAUAGCGGGUGCCACGAUAACCACUAAAUUAAAUAAACAGCCGAUUCUAAUCAAUGUCAGAGAAACACCCAAAGGAAAAAUGAGUGUAUGCCACGCAACAAAUAUCAUCAACUCUACCGGAAAUCCGGCUUAGCAAGUCGUCCCCACCCUUAUAUGGAUAAUUACAAGGACACACAUCAAUGGCUUCGGGUAAAGCAACCAUCGACUAUGACUAUCUGAUAAAAUUUCUAGCGCUCGGCGAUUCCGGCGUGGGAAAGACCAGUUUCCUCUACCAAUACACUGAUGGGGUCUUCCACUCGCAAUUCAUAUCAACAGUGGGAAUCGAUUUUCGGGAAAAACGUGUGAUAUACUCCGCUCGAGGACGUAGCCAGCGAGUCCACCUACAACUUUGGGACACCGCAGGACAGGAACGCUUCCGAAGUUUAACAACAGCUUUCUACCGCGACGCAAUGGGUUUCCUUCUCAUAUUCGACUUGACAAGCGAGAAAAGUUUCCUGGAAGUCACUAAUUGGUUAGAGCAACUCCGGAUGCACGCUUAUUGCGAAGAUCCUGACAUCGUUUUGUGUGGAAACAAAUGUGAUUUGGAGCAUUUGCGAGUAGUGAGCGAGUAUCAGGCUCGACAAAUGGCUGAACGCUAUCAGCUUCCUUACAUUGAGACUAGUGCUUGCACAGGACUCAAUGUGCGGCAUGCCAUCGAUACCCUUUUGGAUAUGGUCAUGACGAGGAUGGAGCGAACUGUCGUGAAAUGUGCUAUGCCUGGAAGGCGGCUUCUACCGCCGCGUCGGUCCCAGGACGGAGGAACUAUUACUGAGUUAGGAGCUCAAGACAAUAAUACACUGCCAAGCAGGAGAAAAUGUAACUGUUAAGGAAAACUGAUAAAUAUUAUUAAUUUGUUAACGUUUUAAGCAAAUAUUUUUUCAGUAACAAAUGUUGUGAUUAUUUUAUUGCUGUUAUAUAGUCAAAGAAAUGCAAAUGUUAAAAUGUGUUGUUGGACUACAUGAACAGUAAAGAAUUGCAAAAUAA